ACUAGUCUAGACCUAGUUGGAGUACCUUACCUAGCGAGUACAGUCCCGCCAUACUUCAGUCGCGUCUCAGCUAACGCGUCUCAAUGACUGGGACUAAAUUCGCAUCGAUACAAUCGCAAAACGAAAGAUGGCCUUGAGUAAAUACAUACUAUUACCAUUUUCUUUAUGAAAAGUUUGUCUUUGAGGGCCUCCACGCAGGAUGGCAACUAGUCGUGAGGAGCGCAUGCACGAGAGGCUGCGCGGAGGCAGAGUACACCAAGUGGAGGAUAUCUCGUUUGGCGAAUUCGUUCUGCUGGACGAAGAGGAGCCAUUAGCGGAACCAGAGUCGGAGCCUUUGGAAGCUAAAGGUGAACCAUCGUCUGCAGGCUCAGAUCAGCCGCAAGAGCCAUCGGAAAAAUUUGCAACCAGGCCUCAGGAUGUAUCUCAGCCAGUAUCUCAGCCAGAUCAGGCUUCAAGAACCGAUGUGGCGGCGACGUCUUCCCCCAACGAUGGCCAUGUGACACCUGAUGCUGCAGACAAUCAAGCCAGGUCUCCCAGCGGCAGCGUCUCUCGGCCAGCAAAGAAAGCAUCAAAACCUCUGGAAGAGGUGACGGAAAGCCCGGCCGAUGCUCCAGGGAGUGGGCACCGGAGGAGGGUACCAGCACGCUUUAGUGGUGCUGCCAACCAGAGCGCGAUCCUGCAGCAGUAUCUGUCAUCGGCCCAACGGGAUCCCGAUCAUACAGUUGAUUCUUCCUCGCCGGCCGAGAGGAGAUUGCGAGCAAAGAGGCUGUCAGCAGCCACCAGAGGCGACCCCGUGGUCCCCGCAUCCUCGUCCUCGAGGAAGAGCGCCAGGUUGUUGCAGGCUUCUGAUGACGUCACGGUCGAUGAGACGACGGGCGCAGAUCUAGAUGCUACGGGUAACGACUCUGAGGCUGCAGUCAAUGAACAGUCUCUAGAAAAUCCGACGGUGACAGCGACAGUGACUGUUACGCAGUCCUCCCCGAUCGCUAGGAUACUACAGAAGACACGGGGAAGAGGGAGGCCGCGAAUUUCACAACAUAAAGUCAUCGAGGCUACCAGCCCGGUGCUUGAACAGCAGCCUCAAAAACAGUCGGCUGUCGAGGAGGAAACCUCUAAUGAGCUAUCUCCGUUAUCUUCUGAAGGCUCGCAAGGAGCGGACAGUAGUUCCGGUUCCGCCCCACGCUCAGAGGAUAUCUCUAGCAAUCCCAAUUCUGGAGAUGCAGGGGAGGCUGAGGAGUCUCUGGAGGCCGAAGAAACCAAUGACCAAGAUGCCGCUACAAGACUAGGUCGCAAGCGUCCCCGUUCUGAUCUUAUGGAUGCGUCUCCGGACUUGAGCUCAACCGCGGAAGAACUGCAGCCAAAGACAGCAAAGCGCCGGCGGGCGGCACCACCAGCAACGAGUCCUGCAGUGCAGAAACAGCCUGCAAACAAGGCGUUGAAACCAGCCACAAAGCAGAUGUCGGGUCCAGGCCGCUCAAAGAGCAAGAAAACGGCACCAACAGACGACAGUGAGGCCGAACAUCAACGGGGUGGUUCCAUCCAAAUUCCUGUUCAACGAUAUACGCGGCCAAAACAAGGCGGCACGGAUAACGAAGCAGACGAUGACAAUGAAAUGAUGGGUGUUACUAUACCUUUUGCAGGUCGUGAAGGCGUCAACUCUGUCGAUGUCCUGUCACAAAUAUGUGAAGAGGUGACGGCGAAUGUGUUGAGAAGUCUCCGGAACAAAGUUUCUGAGGUGGAAGACACUACGACGAGGAGAGAACUCAAGACAAAGAUGGGUGCAGUAGAGGCGUUCCGAGAGGAGCUGCGGACCAAUAUGCUCGAGCAUACCAUUGCGCUCGAUAAUCUUCAGACUCUUCGGAGACGUCUCCGGUCCGCACAGAGGGAGAAGCGCCUACUGCGUGAUCAGAUCCUCAACGUGAGAAAGGAGCGUGAACAGGUCGCGCUACGCAGAGACGCACUUCGGAUGAAACACGAAAAAGAAAGCCAAAAGGUCAUGAAUCGCCUCCAUAUCUCAUCCACUAUGCAAGACAUCGAGCUUGCUGUUGAGGAAGGCCGAUCAGCACCCGAACUUUCGACAAAAGAACAGAAACAAUCUGAUUUGGCGAAUCUGGAGCUGCUCAUGCUGAGAGUGGGAGACCAUAUCCGUCCAAACGGGCACGGCCUGGGUGUUUUGGAUCAAGUCAAGAGCUUCAAUGCUUACCUUGAAAGGGCUGCAGCAGCACUUCAGGGGAGGUGAGAGCCCUCGUGGCUGUAUGAAAAUUGAUGACUGAUGAUCUUUAUCGUGUGUGUUGCGGUGUUGAAUGCCAAAAAUUACGGUUAGUUGUGGACUAGUGUUCAGGGGAUCAAGACAGCAAGGAAGCGCGUUUUACAGUCCUGUACAUUUUUUAGUCUCGUAGUCCUCAUGGCUGUACACUUAUUUACAAAUAUUACACACCUCUGGCAGCCCCAGCGGUGAUGAGCAAGCGUUAAACAACAUAAUAAGCCGACAGAUGGGCUCAUUUAUCGUUGCCGCCG